AUGGUCGCGUCGGUACCUCCAGGACCAGGCCCAGUCCUCAGACGGUCCGCGUCCCCGAUUGUGACUUCCUUGCUUCAGACUCGACCUUUCGGCACCAGUCCCAUCUUCGAAAUGUUUUUCCGACAGCUGUUCGAUCGCGAGAGCUGCACGUACACGUACGUGCUGGCCGACCCGGAGACGAAGGAGGCGAUCAUCAUCGACCCCGUCAUACAGAUGGCCGAGAGGGAUGCCCAGCUCGUCAAGGAUCUUGGACUCACCCUCAAAUAUGCCUGCAAGUCGUCCGAUGAUUAUCCUAUCUUGAAUCACAUCAGUAUACAGAGUUUUUCGGGCGAAAUUCCAGCACGAAUUCGCGUUUCGACUACCGAUCUCGACCUUGAGACGUUUCUCUCCCCUGGCAUAGUGAACACGCACGUGCACGCGGACCACAUCACGGGGACGGGGAAGCUGAAGCACCUGCUGCCGGGGACCCAGAGCGUGCUGGCGGAGGCGAGCCGGGGCCAGGCGGACGUGAAGGUGAAGGCCGGCGACGAGAUCCGGUUCGGGAAGUACAAACUCCAGGUCCGGGCCACGCCGGGGCACACCAACGGUUGCCUCACGUACGUGAGCCACGACAAGGAGAUGGCAUUCACCGGAGAUGCCCUUCUGGUCCGGGGAUGCGGUCGAACCGACUUCCAAGAUAUAGUUUUUGUCCGGUAUGGCAUAAUGAUUCGUGCAUGUACGUUUUGGUUUGUAGGUCAGACGGCUACCACAGUUUCUGAGGAGAAGAAAUACAAUCCCAGACUGACCAAGACCAAGGAGGAAUUCAUCGAAAUCAUGAACAACCUCAAUCUGGCUUACCCAAAAAUGAUAGGUAAGGAUAUGUACGUCCUCCCCGUGUGCAUCAAAACAUUCUUCAACCAGACUACCUUGACAUUCCCUCAAGGUCACUUGUAA